AAGAGAAAAAAGCUUGCCGCCAUUUAAAAAUGGCUUCCUUUUGAGUUGUCUUUUUCCUACUGGCAUAAUUUUGAAAUUAUCUCAAUUAUCCGGUAACAAAACAAUAAAAUACUUUGUUUAUUUACUGUAGAUAAUGUUAUUAUAGAUCUUUGUAUGAAAUAAGACUUAGUAUAACCUUGUAUAAUUGCAAAAAAGUGUUAAAAUGUCGUGCCUUGGGCGAGGCGGUUCGCCCAACAAUAAACCACAAUAUUUAGCGUCGAAACGCUCGUUUUAGUGUUUAAAUUAAAACAAAAACAAUAAUAAAAAUGGACAAGAAAAACAAGAAGAAAACUGUGAUUAAGAGGAAAAGUGAUGAGAGUGGCGAGGGUGAGAAAAAACAAAAAAUUAUGGUGAACAGAAAAAAUGUUCAAGAGGAGAAAGAAAAGGUUGAGGUGGUGAAUCAGGUGGUGGAAGUUCCUGUGGAGCAGGGCCAGCAGAUCGUGCACACGGGGCAGCUGGUUGAGGGUAACUUCGAGCAGCCAGUCUUCGUAAAUAUGAAGGGGGAACCAGUACAAUUGGGGCCUAAUACCGUCAUACUUUACGAGCAGAGUGGCAACCCUUCUAACUUCGCUUUCGGUGGUAUGUGGACCAUGGAUUCUUCUGGAAGGAUCGUGAUGGCAGAGACGAUAUAUGACGUGAAAGGAGAGCCUGAAGAAGAAGGAGCUAACUUUGUCCAAAGCAACACUGAAGUUACUACUCAACCAGUAGAAGAACAACCGAACACAUAUCAACAGUUUGAACUCAGCAGCGGCACACAGGUCGAUGGACAGCAGGAGUAUGAAGUGGCCAUCAUUGAGAACCCACCCGCCGAGACCACUGAGAACCCUGAACCCCAAGUGGUGACAAAUGAAGACCAGCUAGUGGCCACAGGAACCGGCGCGGUGCGCUGGCUCAAUCAGAAAUAUGACUUUGUGGUGCGGAAGCUGCAGUUGAAUUAUGACGCCGGAGUGAAGCUGCUGCACUCGCCGACCGGGUGCAUACAGUGCGUGUACCUCACCACGCCCAGCAUGCAGCUCGCCUUCAACGCCGUGCCGCAGUUCCUGUGCAUCGAGACUGGCAUAGAGUUCAACAGUACUAUACCGACAGUGGGAGGCACGGGCACUCCGUCCCUCAAACACAACGUCACUCUGUUCCUCGCUGAGGAUGGCAACGGGAAAUCUGUUAUUGUUAGUGCUGGUAUCUCGACCCUAAUCGGCGAAGACCUGACCUGGUUACUGGACACGUUCAAGUCCUGCAACCCUGCGUGGCGACAGGUCCGGUGUGUGGUCUGUGACCCUACCAAGUGUCAACAGGCAGUCCGCACAGCGUUCCCCUCAGCGCACGUAACAUGCUCAGUAUGGCAGGCCGCCCGCGCCGCCGCCAGACUGUGUAGUGCCGCGGGACACACGACACAACCCACGACACACACGACACAGCCCACGACACAGCCCGCGCUCUCCCCCCACGGGGAGCUAGCGGCGCGCUGCAAGACGUAUGCACUUGCAUUGCUAAGGGGGGACCAUACUUUGACGCAGUUACAAGUCCUGAAGCGCAGUAUAAUAGGCACGGGCGCGGGCACGCUGCGCCUGUGGGAGCUACUGUCGCGGCCCAACGGGGCCAUCGCCAAGCUGGACUCGUGGCUCGAGGCUGAUAACUACACCAAUAUACUGCAUAAGGGCCUAGAACGGCUAGUGACAAAAUUCCAGAAUCUUGUCCGCAAUCCCCUUCAACUGGACGAGUUCGUGUCCAUAUUCUUCAACGUGGCCAACCAGCUCGAGAACGACAGGCGGACCUUCGCGCUCAGCAGGCUACGGGACACGGAGACGCUGAAGCAGUCCCCUACGGACACGAUCACGCAGUACGCAUACAACCUGAUGUCGCACCAGACCAAGUUGGCGCAGAAAUGUCUCGACGAUAGAGCCGGCAGGAAACACAGUAGUGCCGCCAUCUGCAAGUACGGCACGUCGACCCAGGAGUGCUCCUGUCUCUUCAGCAAGGUGUUCCGGCUGCCCUGCAGGCAUAUCCUCAUGUUGACCACGGAACUCAAGGUUAAGACGCACAUCCCGUUCGAGCCGCGGUGGACGGUACAACACUGCCUGUUCGGCUGCGAGAACCUCAACUCCGCCACUACUAAUAACACCGGCGCGGGUUCGUUCCUGGAGCAGGUGGUGGUGGAGGCGGAGGACGCGCCGCGGCAGACCAUGCAGCAGUCCGCCGUGCAUCAGGUAGGCGGCGUCAGGCAGCAACAGUAUGUUCUAGCCACCGCCGGCCAGCCCGCCACGCCCGUCUCGCAGGUGAUAUUCUGCGGCGGCGGCGUGGGCGGCGUCUCGGGCGUGUCCAACGUCGGGGGCGGAGCGCCCGUCAUCACGUCGGUGCUCUCUGCGGGGGGCGCAGUCCUAACCCCACACCACUCGCUGCAUCACUGACACAAACUCACAAACCCCGGGAAACCGCCAUCGAACGAUAGUCGGACCCGUGUUGUACCUAAGGCGAAUUAGGCAAGUGUUUAUGGCGCCACGUUAUAGAGGGCGCUGCGGGUCGCGUGUACAGUGGGGGCUACUGGGUUAUUGGUCACUAUAUGGUGAUAGUGUGAAUGUUUCGUUCCUUCCAUUCAAAUAUCGGAAACUCAUUAAAAUUGAAAAACAUGGUAAAUAUCCCGUUUUAAGUUCCAAUUCUAGUCUCAUUCGUACCACUAACAUUUACUACUCCGCCGUCCCCCUUACUACCUCCCUUUCCCAUUACGACGCACUUUUUCCUUACUGUCCCCCUUACCCCUUAUUCCCCCCUCCCCCUUAUACCCCCCUUACACAUUUUCACCUCCCACUUUAUCCCCUUAAUAAGCUAGUUUCCUACUAGUCAAAUUCAAUACAUUUAUCGAAACCUCAAAAAAAUAGACACCCGCUCCUCAUACAUGAGAAGCAUUUGCGCCAUUAGGGGUGACCAUAUAAACAGUACCCCCUACUGCCCAUAGAAUGACAGCGGCCCCUAUAAAGUUAGGGGCGCCUAUAAGGUACUUGCCUAGGUAACUCUUUAGGUAGAAUCCGGCCUCCGAUGAUAACUAACUAUAUAUAAUUGGCUACGGGGUUUCUGUGUGUUCAUUUCAUUGUUAAAUGGGCCCUUUUUGAGUGUGUAUUAAAUGUAAUACGCUAACGUCCGAAUACUCAAACGCUACUCAAUUUUAAGACGCUCUCAAAUGUAGUUCUGUCACUAUCAAUUCUUUAUAAAAUGACAGAGAUGGCACGAUAUUUAAGUCCAACUUAACAUUGAGUAGCGUUUGAGUAUUCGGACGUAACUGCCGCACUCAGAGACAUUUAACGGUUACUUAAACUAUUCCUUAGUAACGAGUUUGUUCGGAAUACAAUUGCUAAGGACUGAGUUAAGUAACCAUUAAAUGGCUAAGUACGGCAAUAAGUCAAAGUCAAAUCAUUUGUUCCAAUUAAACCAUAUACUUAGGUACUUAAAUAAAGAAAGAAAUGAAUUAUUAUAUUAUCGGCUUACUCACGUAACUGUUUGACGAGGAACUCGACUAGUUUCAAGCCAUGCUAGAGGCUCAUAUUCAUGAGCAGUAUUCCGUGACAACAUAAUUACUUUAGUAUGUCUCACGAAAGGUAUUAAAAAAUUAAAGAAAUAAAUUAUAGUCUGUCAGUCUGUCCGUCAGUGAAGCUAAGUGCUUGUUCCAAAGUGUAGCUUCGAAUGGAGAAGAACGAGCAAGAAACUCCAUUCGUUACUCUUUUAAAAAAUAUAGUAUAUUGCUAGUUUCCUACUAGUCAAAUUCAAUACUUUUUUCCGAAACAUUAAAAACGAUAUUUUAUAUGAAUUUUAUAUGAAACUAGCGACCCGCCCCAGCUUCGCAUGGGUGCAAUGGUAAUAUAUUAUACAUGUAUUAUACAUAUAAACCUUCCUCUUGAAUCACUAUCUAUUAAAAAAAACCGCAUCAAAAUCCGUUGCGUAGUUUUAAAGAUUUAAGUAUACAAAGGGACAUAGGGACAGAGAAAGCGACUUUGUUUUAUACUAUGUAGUGAUGUUGCGACUCUUAUAAUGCGAAUUACAUUUAAUACAUAUUAUUUAAAAAUAAAAGGCCCAUACACAAGUCAUUUUCAAAUAAAUAUGUCUCAGCUUACUACACUACGUAUGUAUCGUCACGCCUUUUAUCCCCGAAGGGGUAGGCAGAGGUGCACAUUACGGCACGUAAUGCCGCUAUACAAUGUAUGGUUGUUUAUAUUUUAUUGAAAACUCAUGAAUACUGCCUCGUUUGUCGAGUGACUGCCAGGCAAGGGGUCUUGGGUUCGAUUUUCGUCUCGGACAAGGAAUUGCUGGGCUUUUUUCGGUUUAUCGAAAACUUGUGUCCAGUAUAUGGCAAUAGACUCACCCCCUAUUACAUGGGACUUAUAACAUGACUGAUGAAAAAUGGAUGUUAUAUCAUAUAAUAUGUGCACCUCUGUCUACCCCUUCGAAGAUUAAAAGGGGUGACGUUAUAUUUUUUUGAAGUUUUUCGAAAACAGCUCUUUUUAGACGACUCAAUAGAACAAAAGCUAUGUAUAGACUAUAUAAAUACCUCGGGUUUGACCGUUUUUAUCACUACAAAACCCUUAGUAUCGAGUUUACUUUACGUUUAAAGUAAUCGAAACGGGAGCGCGUUCGGCGCUCUGAUUGGUUGAUUUUUUAGGGAACAGAGAGUAAAGUUCCCUAAGUAAAGCAGUAUCCUCCGACCAGGCGAGGUGAUCGUGUCUGGCGGGCUUUCUGCCCAACUGUUGUUCGUUGGGAUUUUCUAUCCGUGUUUAUUCGCAUGUAAACUUCACAUGUGCGAUGUUUUUUUUUUUAUGUUAAAUGGGCCGACGUUUGGCCGCUAUCUCGCCUGAUGGUAAGUGAUGAUGCGGCCUACGAUGGAGCACGUCUGCCCAUAAGCAACCUAUUCACUCGGGCCUUGAAGACACCCAGGUUGUACCCAUCAGGAAACACAGACUCCGGCAAGGAGUUCCACUCCCUAGCAGUUCGCACAAGGAAGCUUGAAUGUAGGGUUUUAUGACGUCAUCCGUUGAUUUUGCUCGUCGAUAGUCUAUGUGCGACUUCUGUCAUCUGUCACUUGUCAUGUGUCGCUACAGUUUAUUCGAGCCGACCAAUCAGAACGCCGAACGAUUUCGUUUCAAAUACUUUGAAACGUAAAGCAAACUCGUACUAAGGGUACAGGGGAGAUUUCAUUAAAAUCUUUAUUACCAUUGUAAAAUUAAAGUCAAAAUAAUUUGUUCCAAUAGGGAUGAUGACGGGGUAUGAAAAUUAGAAAUCUAUUUAGUCCGUCAAUUAGGUAAUGAAAAAAUAUUAGACACGUAUUUUUUUAUUUUGUCAUAUAAGAUAACGAUACUUAGAUAAAACGAAUCAAAGUUUAGAAGUGGGAGCAAAUACGUCAUUUCUACGUUUAAAAUGUACCUAGAAGUGACGUCACGCGAUAUUUCAAAUCGAUAUAUCGUCGAAAGUAUUUGUUUCGGUGAGAAAAUAAAAAAUACGUGUGUAAUGUUUUAAAACAAUCUACAAGAUGGACAUUGAAAUAAAAAUUAGUCAUCUACCCUAUUAAUCAGACCACCACAGUAGGGCUGAUGCCUGAUCCGGAGCUGCGGACUAUCUAGCGGCUUUUCCGGGGCUCCGACUCGAAAAGCAGGAGUAGGAACGGGGUGGUUUUUAGUCAGUAAGAGUCUGACACUCCCUCUCGUCUCGUCCAAGGCGGGAGAAGUCAUAGGAUGAUUUUCCCCCCAUAAAAAAGCCCUAUUGAGAUAGGUUUUUAAUUUUGGCUUUAAAUUGAAAAUGGCUAAAGAUUUUAUGAAAUACAGACCUGAAAAUUAGCUAAUAAUAGGCUAUUACUACAUAAGUUUUGUAAAUAAUAUAAUAAUUAUUAUAAUAAAUAGCAAUAAAAGUGUAUCUACGGUG